ACAAGGCGACGGUUUAGGUUUUUGGCGCUUACUGGGUGAAGAAAAAAAGAGAGAGAGACUGUCUCCGCAGAGACCCGAAAAGAGAGAGAGACAUAGAGAGCGCGAAGAGCGAGCGAAAAGUGAAAGACCGAGAAACCAGCGAAGAAUUCUUCGUGCGCGAUCGCCGACUUCAAAUAACUUCAGUUGCCCUGCAGAAUUCCCAGCGAUCGGUUCAUGCAGCGGAUUAUUGCGCGUCGCACAUCUUUAUAAAUAUUUUUAUAUAUUUUUUUUUUAAGUUCGGUGCUCUCGUGCAGUGUGUUAAAUUUUUUUUUUUUUCUGGGUCUACCGUGUAUUGAACCCCCAACUUCCUGGCAUGUCGUGGCAGCAAUUGAAACAAUUCGAAACUCGUGCCAAGUGCUAAAAUUCCAAGGAAGUUCACAAGUGUUCAAAAAAGCAAAUUGCUUAAACCAGCGAAAAACCCCCAAAAUAAAACUAAACAAAAAUUAAAGAAAAAUAAAUAAGAAAAUUAAGUCAAAAUAUACUUAAGUAAAACGGACGGACAGCAGGUGUGAGCGAGAGAGCAACAAUGCACCGCACGCAGCCGUCGCUGCCUCUGCCGCUGCCUCUGCUGGCGGUGGCGCUGGCGUCGGCGCUGGCUUUUGCGCAGGCGCAGAAUAUAGAUGCCGGCUGCAGCUUCCCGGGAUCGCCGGCGCACAGCAGCGUGGUCUUCUCGAAUGCGAAUCUCACCCAGGGCACGGUGGCCUCCUACAGCUGCGAGCGGGGCUUCGAGCUCCUGGGACCGGCGAGACGCGUCUGCGACAAGGGGCAGUGGGUGCCCGAGGGCAUCCCGUUCUGCGUUUUGAAUGUUGCCGCUGGCAAGGCGCCCAUGCAGAUUUCCACUGAUGGCGCCGGUGCUCCACAAAAGGCCAUCGAUGGCUCCACCUCUGCCUUCUUCACUCCAGAGACCUGCUCCCUGACGAAGGCGGAACGAUCGCCCUGGUGGUAUGUCAACCUCCUGGAACCCUACAUGGUGCAACUGGUGCGCCUGGACUUUGGCAAGUCCUGCUGCGGCAACAAGCCUGCCACUAUUGUGGUGCGAGUGGGCAACAACAGGCCGGACUUGGGCACCAAUCCUAUCUGCAAUCGCUUCACGGGUCUCCUGGAGGCGGGACAACCGCUCUUCCUGCCCUGCAACCCACCCAUGCCAGGAGCCUUUGUGAGCGUCCAUUUGGAGAACAGCACCCCGAAUCCGCUGUCCAUCUGCGAGGCGUUUGUCUACACGGAUCAGGCUCUGCCCAUCGAAAGGUGUCCAACUUUCCGGGAUCAACCGCCUGGUGCUUUGGCCUCCUACAACGGCAAGUGCUAUAUCUUCUACAACCGCCAGCCCCUGAACUUCCUGGACUCCCUCUCCUUCUGCCGAUCCCGUGGCGGUACACUGAUCAGUGAAAGUAAUCCUGCGCUGCAGGGUUUCAUCAGUUGGGAGCUGUGGCGACGUCACCGCAGUGACGUCAGUUCGCAGUACUGGAUGGGAGCGGUACGCGAUGGCAGCGAUAGGAGCAGCUGGAAGUGGGUCAAUGGUGACGAGCUGACCGUCUCCUUCUGGAGUCAUCCGGGUGGCGAUGAGGACUGCGCCCGAUUUGAUGGCUCCAAGGGCUGGCUGUGGAGCGACACCAACUGCAACACGCUGCUGAACUUCAUCUGCCAACAUCAGCCCAAGACCUGUGGACGACCCGAGCAGCCGCCCAACUCGACGAUGGUGGCCCUGAAUGGUUUCGAGGUGGGCGCCCAGAUCAAGUACAGCUGCGAUGCCAACCACCUGCUGGUGGGUCCUGCCACAAGGACCUGUUUGGAGACGGGCUUCUACAACGAGUUUCCGCCAGUGUGCAAGUAUAUCGAAUGUGGUCUGCCGGCCAGCAUUGCCCAUGGAUCCUAUGGUCUGCUGAACAACACUGUGGGCUACUUGAGCCUAGUGAAGUAUUCCUGCGAGGAGGGUUACGAGAUGAUAGGACGUGCCCUGCUCACCUGCGAUUUCGAUGAACGCUGGAAUGGACCACCGCCGCGCUGCGAGAUUGUGGAGUGCGACACCCUGCCUGGCAACUACUACAGCACCAUUAUCCAUGCUCCCAAUGGCACGUACUAUGGUUCCAAGGCGGAGAUCAGUUGUCCCCAGGGAUACCGCAUGGAGGGACCUCGAGUGCUCACCUGCUUGGCCAGUGGUCAAUGGAGCAGCGCCCUGCCGCGUUGCAUCAAGCUGGAGCCCUCCACUCAGCCCACUGCCGCGCCCACAGUUCCUGUGCCCUCAUCGGUGGCCACGCCCCCGCCCUUCAGGCCCAAGGUCGUCAGCUCCACCACCAGCCGCACCCCCUACCGCCCACCAGUGGUCUCCACAGCGAGCAGCGGCAUCAGCAGUUCCACCAGCACAGUGGGCACGUAUCCCAGUCUCAGUCCCACGCAGGUGGAGAUCAACGGCGAAUCUGAAUCCGAGGAGGAUGUCAAUGUGCCACCAGUGCCCGGAACCGUUCGCGAGGAGUUCCCGCCCCGCCGCACCGUCCGCCCAGUGCUCAUCCCGAAGAAGCCCAACAGCACGCCGGCGGCCCUGCCACCCACCACCCACCAGGUGCCACCCCAACCCCCAUCCACCUAUGCACCCAACCCGCCGCGCAGCCCGCGUCCAAGUGGCGCCCCCAACGGCGGAGCGGUGGAGACCACCACGCGGAACACGCAACAGAUCAUCGCCAACUCGCAUCCGCAGGACAACGAGAUCCCCGAUAGCGUCAACAUCCAGCAGAACCAGUCGCCGAAUGUCAACGUGCCCUUCGCCGUCGACAAUCCCGACCGCAAGGAGACCAAGGAGGCCAAACUCAAUCUGGGCGCCAUUGUGGCUCUGGGUGCUUUUGGUGGCUUCGUCUUCCUGGCCGCCGUCAUCACCACGAUCGUGAUUCUCGUGCGAAGCACCCCGAACAGCCAACGGCGGCACCUAGCCAAACACUUAACCGCUUACCAACAUCAUCAUGCUCAUCAUCACCACCACCAGCAGAUCCACCAGUUCCAGCAGUUCCACCAGCAGCACCACCAGAAGUACCAACAACAGCAACAGCAGCAGCAGCAGAAGAAGCACCACCAGCAGCAGCACCACCAACAGAAGUACCAACCGCAAACGAAGAAAUCCCAGGGAAUCGGAAUCGGAAUCGGGAAGGUUGCGGGUCUUGGGUUCGGGUUUGGGCUUACGGGAUCGGGUUCAAGAUCGGCAUCGAGAUCGGGAACGGGAACGGGAACGAGAAUACCGAGGCCCAGCAGACUGCCCAGCUAUGCCACGGCGACGGCCACCAGUGCCACCAGCUUCGCAUCCACAGCCCAACUAACUGGGGGUGGUGGUGGUGCCCACUAUGGCAGCAUAGGGUCGAGUGGUGCUGGGGACCUGGUUCCUGCCCCAUCCCUGUGGUACAGCGUUUUGGCCCUGCCCUUCGACGAUCAGAAACUGGGUCGCCGGGAGUUCAGCAGCUAUGGUCGUGGCUAUCGCGCCCGGGCCGGACUCUUUAGCAGUUCCCAUAUAAAUCGAACCACGCAACACUAUCGCCAUCGCGCCUCGCCCGACUGCAACACGGUGGCCAGCUUCGAUAGCUCCACCUCCGGAUCCCGCAAUGGACUCAACAGGUACUACCGCCAAGCCUGGGAGAACCUGCACGAGUCCGCCUCGAAAAACAGCUCUCACAACGCCCUGCGCCGCAAGGAGACCCUCGAUCCGCCUAGCAUGACCCGUUCCCGUGACAAUCUGCGUGAUAAUAUGCAGCGCUCCCGCGAAAAUCUUGAUAGAUGCGGCAGGGACAACUAUGGCAUGCGGGAUGACUCCGAAAUGGUGGUGUCCUCGGUGGUGUCCGACGUGUGCCUGAAGGGCGAGAAGAAGCGCCACCACCACCACCACCACAAGAGCAGCUCCCGCAACGGCGACUACCGCGACAGGGACCAAUCCUCCGGCAGACGCGAGCACCACCGGCAUAGUGGUGGUGGCGGAGGAGGCGGUGGUGGCGGCCACUAUUGACCAACCAUGGUCAUCACCAUCAAUGUGGAGCGGCAGUAGCCAAACGAAAGUCGAGGCCAGCAGUCGGCGUAGAAAUCGGAUUCGGAUUUGGAUCUGGUUUCAGAUUCAGAUUCGAGUAUCUGAUUGCUGCAAAGCGAGCGCAACAACGAAACGUUUUUUGUUUAAUUUUAGCAACAGUUUUUUUUCGCGCUUUAGUUAUGUAAGGUUGAUCAGCCGGUGGGGAGAUCGAGAAAAGGGUUCGGCAAAUCUGGAGGAGACUUUUCUGUUCAUAGUGAAAAACAAGAUGUUAAACAAGCAGCGCAAGAGAUCCUUUAACUUGCAAGUCAAUACUUAGCUAUAUACUCGUAUGCGAUGAUUAUUCGGGGCGAAAUACUGGGAGCUCUGGAGAUUUAUUAACCCCAUCUUAUCUAGAGGUUUGAGAGUAACAUAUCAUAUAAUAUCAUUGUAAAACAGAAUCUGAAUUCUAUAUUUUCAAAAUCUUACAAAAUCAUUUGGGUUUUUCAAAAUACCGGAGAUUAUUUUUCUAGAAUUGCAUGGUUUUUAAGGCUCCAGGGUUCCGGGGAAUCCCCCUUUAUAAGUAUAUGUGCACUCGUGCUAAGAUUUUGGUCCGAACUCGUAUAAUUUAUUCGCAAAGCUUUCGUAAGGUUCUUAGUUAAAUUUUCUCUAUGAAUUAGUUGUAUGUAAAGGCGUGAACAGGGCAGAAAGGCGAGGCGUAGUAAUUAGUUGCAAGGCACCAGCACCCACAUCCCCCUCAACUCCCCCUCACCAUACCCUCCGCCCCAUUUCCCCGCCCCCAAAGGCGUACUCACCCAUCCCAACUUUCACCCAGCAAGCAGAUCACACAGCUGCAGCCAAAUUAUGUGCAACUUGGUUUCGUUUGAGGUCUCAAGCCAAAUCGACUUGCUCAUAGUCGCAAAUUAGUUACGUAAACACUUACACUAGAUAGAACUAUCCAUCCAUUCCUCAAGAAGUAUCCAAAAAUCACACACACACACACCAGAUGUC